AUGAAAUUGCAUCGUGAAUACUACUGCUUUGAUGCAACUCGGCAAUUUGUGAAUAGGUCAUAUACUUUUUGUCGACUACAGAUUCAAAUGAAGGAGCCUUGGUGCUCAUAGCGUAUCCCACCUGUGUGACUGAUGGAGAUUCUUACACAAUGAACCUCCACGGAUACUCUUUGAAACAUUAUCGACGGGCCUAUUUAUAACUUUGCAAAUGGCGUGUAAAAGUCUGAAACCACCCAGGCCUUACAUCACAGGGAGAACAUCAGCGCUUAAAGUGGAGGAGAUUGUUAACAUUCUUAGGAGUCCAGAUGAGAGCAAGACCAUCCAGACUGCCCCCGCCACACCUCAGGGAGGACAGGUGUACCUCUAUAAGAUAUCAUCGGGUAUGAGAGAAGACGUGUGGAAGGACGACAAAUAUCACUUCAGAAGUGAUGGAACUCGGAAGCAGCCUAGCUCAAGUCCAGUCAUAGUGAAGCAGUACCACAAGGCUUACACCGAGGACAAGGCAACAACAAGGGCCUUUGUCAGAGAAGCAUCGUAUCUGUACAACCAGCCUCUGAAACACGUCCUAGUGCAAUAUAUCGGGGACCACACACAAGCACAGCCUGCUCCUCAACGUAAGAAGCGUGGUCAACAGACAGUUAAUUCCCCAGGUGACAGUAAAUGUAGAAAAGUAGAAUCAACUGGUGGAGCUGUACAGUCGGGUGUCACGGAGAACACUAACUCCAACCUGGACCCUGAAGAUCAUUCAUCACCGACAGAAUUGGAAGACAACGGUAAAUCAAACACUAUUCUAGGUGUAACAUUGAAUGAAGCAAAGGUGUCAGAGACUGAAACAAAGAAUGUUCAUGACACAAAUCAGAAACGCAGCAGGACAGGAGAUCAUAGAGGUGAUGAUGACAUUGAAUAUGUGGGUACAACGUCAGGCUCCCCUGUCAAGAAACCCCGUUUGCAGCCUCAAGUUGAAAAUGACAACGCAGUUGUAACCUGUGUCACUAACACACCCUACGCUUAUCUGUACACAUUUCUAGAAGAUGUAGAAAGGAAUCGUGAUGUGAUAAGGGUCGUGCAACAGGUUUUAUCUUUAUCAAGGUUCUGGAACAAGGACUGUACCAACAAAGACAACGCAUGCUUGUCACUCAUUGAAGAGGUCGACAAGAACUGGAAUCUAGAUGCAAUAAAAGCAAGGAACUGGGUUAAAUGUUCUGUAAAUACUGACGUUCUGAGCUUGAACCAAGACCGGUCAGUUUACAUAAACCUCAUCGCAGCAGUACUUGUUGGAGCAUGCCAUACCAGGACUGAAGUACAGGACUUUUUGAAAACACUGAAGGAUCCUCCUUCACACCCGCAGCAUGUACAAGAGGACGUCCCCCUGUCACGUGACUGUACAUACACAGUUGGCUGCUACACCAUCAGAGGAGAUGUUCUGUCUCGCCUGGAAACCAACGACUGGCUGACAGAUGAAAUCAUGGACACAUACCUGCAUCUCCUGGAGAGAGAGUGGUGUUCCCGUGUCAGCUUCCACUGCCUGGUGCUGCCUACAGAGACAAUCCUUCUGUGGGAGGCAGGACAGUACACAGACAGGAUAAGGGGGAAAGAUGAAAAUUUGACAAACUACACGUGGAUCUUAAUGCCAGUGAACAUGCCACGUAAUCAACAUUGGGUGCUACUGGUGGCUAAUGUCAAGGAUGGAACAGUGGGCGUGGUUAAUUCUAAACCCUCCUUAGAUGUGGAGGACAAGGUUGUACAACACUGGAGGCUCUUUGUAAACCACUUGAAAUCUACGUCUAAGGAAAGGAGCAAGUCAUGGAUGAAGAAACAGUACCCGGGGAUAGAACAGUCAGAUGGACACAGCUGUGGGAUAUUCGUUCUGAUGGCUGCUGAUGCAAUUUUGUCGGAGAAGUCUCCAGGCAUCAUGAGGAACUGUCACGUUGAGAAAUACAGGCUGUAUGUACUUCAGAGGAUACUACAGUAUGCCAAGGACAAGGGAGAUAUGCAUGGUGGACGAAAUCACAUGAUGGCAGUUGAUCGACAGGGUAAUGUCACAAACGAAAUUCAAACUGUAACGCUGGAGACAAGAGAUGUACUGGAAAAUAGCUGUACAAUGACAACAGAACAAGGAGGUCCAACUAUUCAUGAAGAGGAUGGACAUGAAACACAUGAAGGAACCGACUGUGCUAUCGCCAGUGAUGAAAAUACAGAGGACUAUCCAUGUUUGGAUCAGCACCUGUUGCAUAAGCAGAAGAUGGCAUGCUUGUUAGUGGUUGCUUUGGCGGAGAAUAACCUGGAGGAGAGGAUGCUAUGGGCAGGGUCUGACACAGGGACUCGCGUGGAAAGAGAAACCUACAAAAAAUAUAUUGUUUGGGCACUCAAGGUUUUUGACAUCAAUGAAGAAGAAUACACUGAAAAUAUGAUGAAACCUAUUUUAUCCCAAUUGGCGGGAUGCUGUCUCCAUCAUGAAUCAGGGUCAUAUAGAAUAAGAAAUCAUGAAGUAGCAAUAAAGCUAAGAGAAAUACUGCUCAGUGAUGUGGGACAGUUGGUUGAAAGGAUGGAUCUCGAGUUCAUAUUUCGUUAUGUGACAUUUAGAGGUGAUCCAACCGAAGAGGAACAACUAGAUGUGCCUUUUAAAAUCGAAUUGAAACAUGAUGAUCUGCAUAUUGUAGCAAGGCGGUUUGUUGCAGCUGUACAUGACAGAAAGUUUGCCUUUGUGUGCAUGCAUUCACUAUUCCAGGUAGAGACAUUUGUUAAUAUGGUUUGGGAGAAUCUCUUGCAUAAUCUGAACAAGGACAGAUCUGAACUGUUGAAAGUAUUGUCAAAAAAUGACAUUAUAUAUGGAUAUUCCUUUCUGUUUUGGGCGAGCGUCACAGGCAACUCGAAUUUGCUGAAGAAAGCAUUGAACAGUGUUCAGUUUAAGGUAAAGAACAGACAGGAAGCCUUGUUUGGAAGUUGCUUUGGGAGUAGUUUGGCCAACUUCGAUUACUUGUGUUCCAAAAAUAACUGGAAGUUGGAUAUGUUGUGUAUGACGCUACCCGAGCUCCCAAGACCUCUUAUCAUCAAACUGCAGUUGGCAGUUGUAGAUGAUCUGAGAGUAAAGUUUGGUAAAUGUUCACUUUUGGACAUUGCCUGUAUGGGUGGGUUGUCUACAGUGGCUUCCAGACUGUCACAUUUGAUGAAGACGAGCCAGAACAAGAACAGUUCAAGAAAGAAUACUUAUGUACAUUAUGCAGCCAUGUGUCAAAAGGGCAAAGAUAUCAUGGAUAUAGUUAUAAAGAAGGGACAACGUAGCAUCAAUAUCAUAGGUCCUGAAGGAUCAACACCUUUUCAUUACUCAUGUGCAGUUGGAAAUGUUAGCAAUGUAAGCUACCUGUUACAGGAAGUACUGGACAUUGGUAAGCCAAACAAGAAGGGUGAAACUGGACUUCAUUUGGCAUGUAUAUAUGGGAAUGCAGAAGUUGUUAAAAUGUUAUUACAGAACAAGGGAAUAAGUCAUGUGACAGACAAUUAUGGCAGCACACCUCUACAUGAUGCAGCCUGGCAAGGACAUAGGGAGGUUGUGGAGGUGUUAUUACAGAACAAGGCAAAUGUGGAUGAGAAAGAUAAGAAAGGCCGCACACCUCUACAUCGUGCAGCCUCCCAGGGACAUAGGGAGGUUGUGGAGGUGUUAUUACAGAACAAGGCAAAUAUGAAUGAGAAACGAAUUGAUGGCAGCACACCUCUACAUGAUGCAGCCAACAAGGGACACAGGGAGGUUGUGGAGGUGUUAUUACAGAACAAGGCAAAUGUGAAUGAGAAACGUAAUGAUGGCAACACACCUCUACAUCUUGCAGCCGUCCAGGACCAUUGGGAGGUUGUGGAGGUGUUAUUCCAGAACAAGGCAAAUGUGAAUGAGAAACGGAAUGAUGGCAGCACACCUCUACAUGAUGCAGCCUACCAGGGACAUAGGGGACAUAGGAAGGUUGUGGAGGUGUUAUUACAGAACAAGGCAAAUGUGAAUGAGAAACGGAAUGAUGGCAGCACACCUCUACAUGAUGCAGCCUACCAUGGACAUAGGAAGGUUGUGGAGGUGUUAUUACAGAACCAGGCAAAUGUGGAUGAGAAACGUAGUGAUGGCAACACACCUCUACAUCAUGCAGCCUACCAUGGACAAAGGGAGGUUGUGGAGGUGUUAUUACAGAACAAGGCAAAUGUGGAUGAGAAAGAUAAGAAAGGCCGCACACCUCUACAUCGUGCAGCCUCCCAGGGACAUAGGGAGUUUGUGGAGGUGUUAUUACAGAACAAGACAAAUGUGCAUGAGCAACGUCAAGAUGACAGCACACCUCUACAUGAUGCAGCCUACCAGGGACACAGGGAGGUUGUGGAGGUGUUAUUACAGAACAAGGCAAAUGUGAAUGAGAAACGUAAUGAUGGCAACACACCUCUACAUGAUGCAGCCUACCAGGGACAUAGGAAGGUUCUGGAGGUGUUAUUACAGAACAAGGCAAAUGUGAAUGAGAAACGGAAUGAUGGCAACACACCUCUACAUGAUGCAGCCUACCAGGGACAUAGGAAGGUUGUGGAGGUGUUAUUACAGAACAAGGCAAAACAAGGCAAAUUUGAAUGA